UAGGAUAUGUCUGAUCAUUUUUCCGUUGAAGAAUUUUCAUCAUUGACAAAUGAUAGAGCAUGGUAUAAUAUAAUCUUUGUUAAGGUGGAGUUUAUUUGGCAUGACGUCGAUGGAAAGAGAUUAGUGGUUAUAUUUCUUGAUCAACACAGACAAAAAAUUGUUGCGUUCGUCCCACAAAAUUUGAUACACAAAUAUAAUGACGCGUCAUUGAUGGGUGGUUUUUUUUCGUUGAAUCAUUUCCAAAUUGAGAAUCUCAACUAUCUUGAGUGCCCAAAGUACCAGAAUUACGUGUUAGUUUGGUCCGAGAAGAAAAUUGUCAUCAACGAAUAUACAAAGCUUUCUUCACUUACGCUUACGAUUCCAAGGGGUGCUUCUUUAUAUCCAUUGGUCCCUUCCAUUAUAGAAUUGAAGCAUGACAGGAGACCUCAAAUGGAUAUUGUUGAUGUGGUUGGGAGAAUAAUAGAAGGCAAACGUGAUCGAUGUUGUUUUGAACUUUCUCUUCAAGAUAAGACGUACGUUAUUAUUUAUUAUUAACAUAUUACAAACAUAAUAUUUACGU